AUGAGACCCACGCUCGCUCUCCAGGGCAAUCUGCGGCGCCUGCCGCUCUCCCCCAAGCAGGCGGGCAAGGAAUACUACAAGGGAAACCGCGUAGGCUCAAUGGGCACAAUCAACAGAUUCGGAAACUUCACACCAGACUGGAGCAAAAUACGGACAUUCGUAUACCCGGUUCACGGUACCAAGAAUAGCGAGUUGACACCCUUCGUCGACGCCAGUCUAGAAAAAGUACGCGAAAUUGACGCCGGCAAGCUUGAGAACUACGAGAAGCGUUUUACAGGCGAGGACUACCUGAGGGCGUGGAAGAUGGCAGGUGGACACGAUAUCGUGGAGACGGGAAGUGGCGCGGUCGAUUCGGGCAGGAAUAUUCCAACGCCGUUUGAGGAGAGGCCUGCAACGAAGUCAUGA